UCUUCAGGUGGUUCACACUCACACUGAGCUGACAUUCGGUUUGCGAUCACAUCAAGAACACGAGCGUAGAAGUAUCUCUGGAAAGCAUUUGGACGGUUUUGACUGAAAAAUGCAUCCCUUUACUUCAACAAUGGAUGAUUCAGCUGUUAAAACAGCGUUUGUGUUGCGCAAGAACGACAUCAUUGUCAGCGACACAAACCGUUACCUGAUUAUGGAUUUUCUUGGAGCGGGGUCUUUUGGCAAAGUUGCAAAGUGUCUCAACUUAACAACUUGCAAGACUGAAGCGGUAAAGAUCCACACCAGCAGCAAAGAGAACAUCAUUCUCAGGGAGGUGGAAAUGCUUCAAGCAGUCAGAGGCCUCGAUCCAGAGAAACACAACAUCGUGAGAUUUAAGGAAAGUUUCAGGUUUAACGAUCUAUCUUGCCUGGCUUUUGAGAGGCUGGACAAGAGCCUUUUUGACCUGAUGAGGGAGAGAAGGUUCCUGCCACUCAGUCUCAAUGAAAUUCGCCCUGUGAUUCGCCAGCUUGUGGUGGCGUUUGAUGCCCUGAAGGAUAUCGGCGUGCUUCACACGGACUUGAAACCUGACAACAUAAUGCUCGUCAAUCACAACGACCAGCCCUUUAAGGUCAAGCUGAUUGACUUUGGCCUGGCCUGUCCAGUGAGUCAGCUGAAGGUCGGGAUGGCCAUGCAAGCUCCUGCGUACAGAGCUCCAGAAGUCGUGCUGGGCCUCCCACUGUCUGAAGCCGUUGAUAUGUGGGGAUUGGGGUGUGUUGCGGCAUUCCUGUAUUUCGGUAUGAGCCUCUUCCCUGGAAACUGCGAAUACCACUGGAUGAAAACUGUGGUGCAGCUGCUCGGCCAGCCGGAGGACCACUUGCUGGGUGGUGGUACUCGGAGCUGGCAGUAUUUCUGCGAGCAGGACAACUGCAGCAGUCCAGGGUGGAGGAUGAAAUCGCCAGAGGAAUACAGGAAGGACACAGGUGUCACCCCCAUCGUAGCACACAGGUUUGGCGGCAAGAACUUGGAGGAUGUAGUGCAGGGAGGAUCAAAGAAAAGCGAGCCUCUCGCGCAUGAGGAUUUGCUGGCUUUUUCAAGCCUCCUCAAAUCGCUCCUUCAUGUGGAUCCUGCUAAGAGAAUCACACCUGAGCAGGCCCUGAAACAUCCCUUCCUCACGAUGACCCACCUGGCAAAUGAGAGGGACACCAACCCCUAUGCCGGUGAGGCCCAUAAGCUCAUGGCUGUUUGCCGCGCGCAGUGUUUGGACGGAACAGGCGAUUGCCUCACCCGUUGUCAAACUGACGCGGAGUCGGACUCCAGAGCUUUCAGGACAGUUUCGCUGAGAGAUUCAUCGUCCGCCAGCAUCUGUGAAAACGAUUCGUUACCAGAGAGUUUCACUUGCUAUGACGGCGACGUUGAGGACAUCAGCGAUGAAUCAUCAGACUUGGACAGCUACACAGCUCGUCCUUCGGGCACCAGGUGCCCCAGUGGUUAUGACACUGGCACUGAAUCAGAGCCAGUCUCCACGGGGCCCCGUGAAAGACACUUUUUUUUUGUAAAGCAGAGAGAUUCGUCUCCUGCGAGUCUCUGGGAAGAGGAUGAAUUCACAGAGAAUUGCAGUUAUGGAAAGGAAGCCACGGAAAGAGGUGUCGUCUUCGAGACGCAGAGAGAACCAUCCCCUGCUAGUCUCUGGGAAGACGACGAGACCACAGGACCUCACGUCACAAAUAUCAGUGUCAUUGUUGAGCCGAGGAAGACAUUCCAGGUACAGAGGAAUGACAUCCUCCACAGUAACUCAACCAGUUACAAGGUGAUUGACUUCGUCGGCGAGGGAUGUUUUGGCAAAGUUGCCCGGUGUGUUGAUUUAACAACGGGCAAAAGCGCAGCUGUGAAGAUCCACACGGGAAACGACGAGUUUGUCAUCCAGUGCGAAGUUGAAAUGCUGGAAGCGAUCAGGGCGCUCGAUCCCGAGAAAUGCAACAUCACACGUUUCUUGGAGAGCUUCCGAUUCAACGGCCUCUCCUGCUUAGCUUUUGAAAUGCUAGACAGGAGCCUCUUCGACCUGAUGAUCGAGAGAAACUUGAUGCCGAUGAGACUUAAUGAGAUCCGCCCAGUUAUUCACCAGCUCCUGGUUGCAUUCGAUGCCCUUAAAGACAUCAAUAUGGUUCACACCGACUUGAAACCAGACAACAUAAUGCUGGUCAAUCACAAGGCCCAGCCAUACAGGGUGAAGCUGAUUGACUUCGGUCUGGCCCGUCCGGUGAGGGAGCUGGUGAUUGGGGACAUAGUGCAGGCUAUCACAUACAGGGCUCCAGAGGUUCUGCUGGGUCUCCGACUGUCUGAAGCCAUUGAUAUGUGGGGAGUCGGCUGUGUCAUGGCGUUUCUCUGCUUCGGUGAGGCCUUGUGCUUCAGCCACUGCGAAUAUGAAAUGAUGAAGUUCAUCGUGCAGGCGCGGGGUCUGCCGACGGACCACAUGCUGCGUGCUGGAAUGUACAGCGAGCACUUUUUCAGCAAGGUGGAGGGCGCCGGCGGCACAAGGUGGAGACUGAACUCGCCAGAGGAAUACGAGGAGGCGACGGGCAUCCGGCCCCAGCUCUACUGCAAUUUCUUUGACAAGUUCAGGGAUCUGGAAGAGGCAGUGAGACUUUCUCAGCGAUGCGACGGAGUGCUUGAAAAUGAAGACGCGAUGGCAUUUUUAAGCCUCUUGAAAUCGUGUCUGCAUCUGGAUCCCACCAAAAGGUUGACACCUAAGCAGGCCCUGAAACACCCCUUCAUCACGAUGACUCACCUUGCAAACGAGAGACACGCCAACUUGUACGCGUGUGAGGCCCAUCACCGCAUGGCUCUUGACUAAACAAGUCAUUGAGCUCAGCCACGACGAACCUUUCUUUCCCUGACUGCCAUUCAGAAAAAAACAAACCAAAAAAAACAACAACCCAACCCGACCCACUACCCCAAGGUGCCCUUCUCCCUUUCAACGUGGAGAAUUAAUGAUGCCAUCAUGCUUGCUUUUGGUUUUCUCCGGGUGCUCCGGUUUCUCCAUUUUCAAUGAAUAUUGAAAAGAAAAAUGAAUGUCACUGACAUUCAGCAGCACAGCAUGGUGGCUCAGGGGUCCCAGGGUCGAGUGGGCAAUGCAUCCUCUCCCAAUUUGUCGUGGGUUUCCUCCGGGUCUCCCACGUCAACAAAUAUUUUAUUUUAAUAAAAAAAAUAUAUAUAUAAAUUGGAAAAUAAAAAGGUAAACAUGUUGAGAAUG